AUGGGCUGGACUUGUGCGCAGUGUACGCUCCUGAACGCCAACAACUCGGCCGCCAAUUGCGGGGCCUGCAACGCCAUCCGUGUGCUUCAAUGCCCCACGUGCAAGGGCGAGAUCAAAUACGGCAAACGUCUCCACGUGAACGGCAUAACGUAUCAUCCAGACUGUUUCUGCUGCACGGGCUGCAAACGUCCGCUUCCCAGUCGCUUCCAAGUGGUCAAUGGCGGCAAUUAUCAUCCGGAAUGUGCUCCGAAGCAAAAACCAACCACUACAACUACUACAACGACCAGAACGGUGGGAGGUGGCAAGCCAGUACAGAACGGAAAGCACAAUAGUCCAGUGCAGAAAGAAAACUGCUGCAAGAACGCUGACGUUAAGACAAAUGGCAGUGCCAAGACCAAUGGGAAGGGGGGCUGGAACUGCCCUAGCUGCACGUACUUCAACGCGAACGAUACAGCGCCCACCUGUGCAGCAUGUGAUGCUAUCCGCAUCAUGCAAUGUCCAGGAUGCAAGGGAGAACUCAAAUUUGGCCAACGCAUCAAUGUGGAUGGCAAGGCUUAUCACCCAGACUGUUUCCGUUGUGCUGCAUGCAACGGGAAGUUCACAACGAGCAAGUUCCAAGUCAAAGAUGGAGAAUAUUAUCACCACGAGUGCUACAAACAACUCUACCAUCCACGCUGUGACGUGUGCGAAGGAUUCAUUCCCUACCAACCAGGCACACAAAAAAUCUCGUUCAAGGUGAUGCCCUUUGGAGAGCACAAAUACUGCGCCGAGCAUCAACACCGUGAUCGAUGCUGCAGUUGUCAGCGUGUUGAGCCGAUUAUUCCAGGACGGGAGUUCCACAAACUCAGUGACGGCCGCAAAAUUUGCCACGAUUGCUGCAACUAUUUGGUCCUUGACUCCCAUGAGGCUCAGGGUGUGGUGAAAGAGGUGUGGGCGUACAUGCGGGAUAUCGGCAUUCAUCUCCCAGAGAUCCCAGUCUACCUGGUGGAGUCUCCUGUCCUGAACGAGCAAUGCUGCGCCCAUAAAAAGAGCAGAACGCUUAUAAAAGGGAACAAGCCUGUGGAAGGCCAUGUGACUCGAGGUCUUUGCAUUUCGGAAGUGUCCCAGAUCCAGCACAUGGUUCGUACUGGCAAGCACACAGCUCCUCGAGUGGCCUCGAUCGAAAAGAAACGCUCGGUGAACGCGAUCCUGAUUCUGCACGGACUACCGUACGAUCUUACGGCUUCUGUUCUCGCACACGAAGCCACGCACGCGUACAUUAAACUCAGCGACAAUUUCCCUGAACAUAUCCCUCCCAAGCACAUGAUGGAACGCAAAGACUCGAAGAAACGCACCUACGAGGGCCGACUGCGCAAAUUUUACAUGCACCAACUCAAGAACGACAUUUCUCCUGUGUAUGGCGAUGGCUUCCGCGAAGCGUACGAGGCCUACAAGCGCGUGAACUCGCUGCAACGAAUGUUCGACGCGAUUAGACACCACGCGUCAUUUCCAUGA